AUGCAGGAGGAGACCCGCAGAGCGCGCAAGUUCGAGAAGACCGAGUCGGACCUCUCGUCCCUCGCCUUGCGACAGACCACCGCCCCCAGCUCCUCAAAGUUUAGUGCGGCAGGAAAGCUCCAAGAUGCCCUCUCCUACUUUGGGACCAAGAACCCGUUCCCUCGCACCAUUGACAGAGACGAUACAGUCUGGCUUCUUGACAACACCGCUUACCGCAACGCCAAAACUGGCAAGUGGGAGACCGAAUAUGUUGCGGCCAUGUUCUCGCAACACUCGUCCUGUGCUGUCAUCGAUGCCGUGAACCUCGUCGCACAGCAGAUCGAGCUACAGGAGAGUGAUGACGGAUACCCCACCUUGCAGGAGCGGCUCAUGCCUUUCAUCCAGGACAUCCGGCCGGGAACCACAGUUCGUGUUCUGCACGGUGGCCAGUCGCCACUGAUCAAGCUCGGACCUAGUGGGAGGAACGGCAUCAGCGCAGACAUCAAGCAGAUCCCCGACAGCACGAAUGGGCACAUCACCACAACGUUUGCCAAGGUGCCCAAAGGCGCCAAUGGCAUUCUGGAGUGCAGGACCUUUUAUGCGGAGCCCGAAGGUUGGGGCGUCAUCUCUGAUGUGGACGACACCAUCAAGGUCACCCAGACUAGCGAUCCGAUCGGCAUCCUGCGUAGCACCUUUGUCGACACUCCUCAAGUCUGCCCCGGCAUGCCGGAGCUCUAUCAGCGGAUACAGGGGAUUAUCAAGGAGACGUCGCCUUGGUUUUAUCUUUCUGCCUCACCCUAUAAUCUGUACCCGUUCCUUCGAGACUUCCGCCAGCACAACUUCCCGCACGGCACCAUCAUUCUUCGUGACUCUAGCUGGAUGAGCAUUCCUGGUUUACUGCAGACAUUGACCUUGGGCACGGAAGACUACAAGGUCGACCGCAUGGAGAAAAUCCACUCAUGGUUACCGAAGCGCAAGAUGAUCUGCAUUGGCGACUCCACACAAUCAGACCCGGAGGCUUACGGCGAAAUUUAUCGGAAAUAUCCUGGCUGGGUCAGGCUUAUACUCAUCCGCAAGGUUGAGGACAUUGCCGCUAUUGGCAUCGAGGGCAAGAACGAGCUGAAACGCUUCGAGGAUGCGUUCAAGGACGUGCCGCGGGAUGCAUGGCACGUCUUCCAUAGCCCGACAGAGUGUGAUGAGCUCAUUCAGCGUGUUGUUGCAAAGGAUCCCUGA